AUGGAAAAAGAGGAAGAAAUAUCUAUAAUUAUAAUGGAUUUAGACAUGCCUAUUAUAGAAGGAAUAGAAGUACAAUAUAUUUUUAAUUAUAAAGGCUACAAAAAUAUUAGUAGAAUUGAUGUUUGAUUAAAAAUUAGAUUACAUUCCUUUAAUUGGUUGUUCAGCUCAUGAUGAUAAAGAUACAAUGGAUAAAUAUAUCUAAGGUGGAAUGCUUUAUGAAAUAGUGAAACCUGUAUUUGGAAAAAUAUUAACAGAGACAUUCUAAUAAAUAAUUAAUUCUGAUGAUAUGUCUACCUUCUUAAUUACAAAUUUGAUUUAAAUAUUAUUAUUAUUUACAUUACUAACAUGUGUAAGAAAAUCGAAAAUAAUGUGA